GUGUUGAGUCCGACGUGAAACCUGCUGUUGAACCCUGUCUCACAUCCAGUAUGGAGUGCAGCAGUCCUCCACCCAGCAGUUCUGAGGCUAAUACAGAAUUUCUUCCACAGAUCCCCAGUGCCAGCUCCCACUGCUUGGGCUCAGAUGCCUCAAGUGGGCUUGAUUACAAUCUGACUAAUGGUGACGGUUCAGUCGGCCCUCCUGCAGAAAGCAUGACGUAUCAAAAGGAGUCUGUUGAGAUUUUUGAUGCAGACUCUACUUGUAGCUCAUCCUCUUGCACGAAAACCAUUUCAGAGUGUGUGACUGAGUCCACCCGAAAGCUCAAAAAGAGUCCUGGUUUACUCUCGAGCCUGAAGUCCAGUCCACCAUCUAUUUCAAAUUCGAGUUUAAUCAGUAGCACCUCUUCCGAACCGGUGCUGGCCCAACAGAUAAGUUUGAACAAAACGCCGGGUAGUGAGAAGGUAGGGAUGAAAAGGCAGUUCUGUCUUUACUGUAAAAAACCCUACGUCAAAAUGGCACGGCAUUUGAGCCAGAAACAUGCAAGUGAAACGGAUGUAGCGCGUGCUCUUAGUUUUCGAAAGGGAUCUAAAAAACGGCUCCUUCUAUUUGAACAGCUUCUUAAGAAAGGGAAUUAUCAGCAUAAUGUUGAAGUUCUUAAAAAUGGCAGUGGAGAGGUUAUCACCAGUAAACGAUCAACUAAAGAUUAUUCUGUGGACGUGUACCUGCCUUGUCAGUAUUGUCUGGCAUUUUAUGUCCGCCAUGAUCUGUGGAGGCAUGAAAGAUGUUGCAAAAUGAGAACAAAUGGCAACCCUGUUUGCCUUAAAAGGACUGCAUCAUCAAAGUUGCUUCCAUUGCAAGGUAGUGUUUCUGAAGAUUUGGAAGAAGCUAUUCAUAGUAUGAAGCAAGACAAUGUCUUGCAUCAUAUAAGGGAGGAUGCUCUGAUUUGCAAGUAUGGUGCAAGGCUUUUUGUACAACUUGGACAUAGUAAAAAGCAUCAAAUAUACGUAACACAGAAGAUGAGGGAAUUGGCAAGACUCAUGCUAACCGUGAAAGAGCUAGAUGGAAGUGUGCAGUACCUGCAUCAUGUUUGCACUCCAUCCAGGUUUGAUUUGGUCAUUAAAGGUGCAAAGAUGGUUUGUGGGUUUGAUGAAACUUUGAGCAAAUUUGAAAAGCCAUCUCUGGUUUUAAAAAUAGGAAGUUCCAUAAGACAAGCAGCUGAAAUAAUUUGUGGUGAGAAGGUUAUGGAGGGUGAUGCAGAGACUGUUGCUGAUGUUAAAGAGUUUAUUGGGCUCCUCGAGAAAAAUUGGAUUUCUUGUGCUACAAACGCUGACGUCGUCGACCCUGAUAGCACUGAGGUCGACAGGUGCCGAGAGAAGCCGACUGCAGCAGCAUCUGCAUGUCAGGAAAUCUGUUCGGUGUCAAACAAACCCGGCCAAAAUCCCGAGCCUGAGUUGUGUCCCCACAGAACUAGUCAAGAAGAUGGCGAAAAUAAUGAAUGCGGGCUGUGCACAGUCAUCUCAAAUGGAUCCCAGUUUUACCCUGAUAAGAUUGAGAAGUUACGUAGCAGCACUAAUGCUAAGAAGCCCUCGACCAACCCUGCAGCACAAUCUUCUGUGUCUCAACAGUCCAAGGUCUCUUAUUCAAAGUCAGGAGUGUUCCCUUUAAGAACAAGAACAGCAAGAGGUGGGAAAAAACAGUUCUGCGUCUAUUGUCGGAAACCCGUCAUCAAAAUAGCAAGGCACUUGUCACAGAACCACGCAAAAGAAAAGGACAUAGCCCACGCUCUCAGCUUUCCAAAGGGAUCAAAAACUCGGCAUUGCUUACUUAAACAGCUCCGUAAUAGAGGUAAUUACCAGCAUAACGUCGAAGUUCAGCAAACUGGAAAUGGGGAAAUCAUCCCACUGAGACGGCAAAAAAAGUGUAAUUCAUUGACUUCCUACCAAGCUUGCCCUCAUUGUCUGGGUUUUUUCCUCCAGCGUGACUUGUGGAGGCAUCAAAGAUCAUGCGAUAUGAAGAAGGAUGAUGAAAGUCCCCCUCUCAGAAGAAGGACUCGGUCAAGCUUAUCUAAGAACUUUGCCUCGCAUGGCUGUCUUUCUGAGGGCUGCCAAAACCUUGUUCGCAACAUGAGAGACGAUGACAUCUCAAAAUAUCUAAGGAACGAUGCCUUAAUCUGCAAAUUUGGAAAUAGACUUUAUGAAAAACACGGGCAUGAAAAGUUAGGACACGAAAACAUAUCAACAAACCUGAGAGCGCUGGGUAGAUUUAUGCUGGCCGUGAGGGAGUUGGAUCACAGCGUUGAGGAUCUGUAUCAAGUAUGUACUGAAUCCAGGUUUAGUUUGGCUUUGGAAGCUGCCAAGAAGGUUGGUGGUUUUGAUCCGCAGUCUAACAAAUUUACAAAAUCGGUAGCAUUGAAGAUGGGCUAUUCCUUGAAAUUGGCCACUGAAGUUGCUUUGGGAGAGAACGACAUGGAAGAUGAAGCUAGAAAUCGAGCCGAAAAAUUCAUGGAGCUGCUGGGAACGGAUUGGUUUUCUUAUGAACCCGCACAUUUUCACACGACAAGUCAUGGUAAGCAGACCGAAGGGGAUGUUGUACAUCUGAUAAAAGAUGUUGUCAAACUACAGAAUUUCCUGAAAAAUACUGAAGCCCAAGCCAAAUCGGAUCUCACGGAGCAUCCUAAUCGUAAAUCGUGGAAAAGGCUCCGUGAAAGCCUUCUUGCAGAAAUUACUCUCUUUAACAGAGCACGGAGGAGCAUAGCCGAGAAAAUGCUGAUUGAGGAUUACAUACGGAGGCCCAGAGAGCCUGGCUGUGGAAAAAUGCAUGAACCCCUUACAAAGCUGGAACAGGCUCUUAACGGUGUGUUGAUCAGAGUGGGAGUCACUUGUAAAGGUGGAAGUUGGAUUCCUGUCUUGUUUACUCAAAGGAUGGCGUCAUCUCUGGACGUCCUCAUCAAGCACCGUGAGGAUGUAGGUGUUCCCACGGACAACCCGUACAUGUUUCCUCAAAUGAUGGCCGACGCUCACAUAAGAGCGCACGACUGCAUAAGAACCUUCGCCCAAAAUUGCGGCGCAAGCAAGCCUGAAGUUCAUACGCACAAGGACGUGGCUACUAUUUUCCAAAUACUGAGCCUUAAUGGCAGUGAAAAGCAGCAGAUGGCAGCACUUUUGGGCGAUGGCCGCUUUGACUACCAAACGCUGGAUGAAAACUUCUCGCAGUUGGCGGAAAUCCUCAACCGGUUGCAGACAAUGGAGGAAGGAACUGGUGCAUACCAAGACACAGGUCUUGGCCAUGCUGCUGCUCCAAGAUGCAAGAGACAAAAAUGGAACAAGGAGGAACAACAAGCUGUGAGGAGGCAACUGGGAAAUUAUAUAUCCACCAGUAAAGUGCCAGGCAAAAACGACUGUCUGGACUGUAUUAGGACCGAGCCGGAGGCUCUCGGGUCACGCACCUGGAGGGACAUCAAAAAUUAUGUCCAUAACACCAUAAUGUCAAAGAAGAGAAAGAGAAGGGGUUCAAAGCAGAUGGACGCUGAAAGCGACGGAGAAGAUCCCGACGAAGUUGUCGCUCUGGAGGCUGCUGCAAAAAGACCUCGUCGUAAAAGAAGACUCCGACGCCGUCGUGUGUGAAUAUACCGCUUCUAGAUGCACGUUGAAACACCACAUUUGUUUUGGAGGAAAAUUGAGUGGAAGAUUCAAUUCAAUGGGCAAAGGUUUGAGCUUUAGUCUUGAGCUCGAAAGACAGGGUGGCUGCUCUCCAUCUGACAGGUGAUGAUGUCAGACUACAUAUUCCUGGGUGCACUAGAAGGGAUGAGAUUAGCACUAGAAGACAUCUUCGUUUCCCAUUUUUUCAUUUCUGUCCUGAUUUUGUCAAUACCUGGUGCUCGAGAGCAGCGUGAGUCGACCCCCCUGCCUUACAAGUAUUGUAUCAUAAAAUUUAAAAAAAUGCAUACGAUUAUGCUUAAUUGUAAUGUUGUUAAACACCUUAAAUGACCAGACAGCUAGACAGUAAUUUCUUGCUGCACUCUUGGUACUUUGGGUCCAUUAUCACCCCGGAGUCGAUUAUAUUCCAAUAAGAGCACGUCUAAGUGUUUAAUUCCUCUUAUACCCUGGCACUUUUAAGAUUUUCCGUUUAUUAAAGAACGAGAGACACUCUUCCGUUUAAAAACACUUUAGUUCUAACAGCUAUAUACACCCGUUCUCUCACUUGAAGCUAAUAAGGUGAAGAAAAUUUUCACUUUCCCCAAAAUCUAUAGGAACAUCUUUACCUCAGCCUCUUCUUUCAUAAAUGUUAAAUAAACCUCAAGCUUCACUAGAGCAACAGUUGUUUAGUUUGUGGGGUUUUUUGGGUUUUUUUUUUUUUGCUGCUGUUAAAUGACGGCACCUUAAAAAAAAUAAUAAUAAUAAUUAUUGUUAAGGUCGUAUUAUGUCGAGUUGCACCAUGCAAGUUCCUGUGAACGAGUUACAUAAAACGUUCAAGUAUUAAAAGGAUACCAUUGAUUUAGAAUUAUACGCAGACGAUUCGGCGACACCUCCUGAUUAACGAGAAUCUAGAGUUCUGCAGCGCUGUGGUGUGAUUUGAUUGAACGUAAGGAAGCGUGCUCCAAGGGCUUUAUUCCGUUAAUAAACUUCUGUUAAGUUUGGGAUGACUCCCUGUUAAAGUUCACUUGAGGCAUGUCUGACUAUUAAGAAGACAUUUGUGUUUUCUUUUUUUAAGAAUGACUCUACAGAUGUAUAUUUAGCUCUUUCAUAACAAUCUGUUCACAUCCUGUUGUGAAUUAAUGACUUCCCUCCUUCUUGACACUAAUUUCGUUGUGAACUCUUAAGGGUGUGUCCACAUUUUGUUAAGGUUUGUUUUGUUUUGUUUUUACCCAUAAAUCUUAUUGAAUGUUGAAUGUAUGUCGCUGCAGUUGAAAGCAAAUUGAGACUGUCUUCAAAAUGUAGGUUGGAAAUAACAUGUAUUUAGUUGAUUAUACGAUGAUCACAUGGCACUUGUUUUCAUCGCAGUGUGUUUUGGGUGUUUUUCUUCUUUUCAUGCACAUGAUAUUAAACCUGAAAUGCACACUUUAAACAUUUGUCCACCGUUUUCUUUGUUUACUUCUUUAUGCUGAUGUCGUCGUCAUGAGAAUGACGACCACUGAAUGUCCAACCCUGAAUGCUUUGACUCCCGGUUGUGAUGAAGUGACUCAGUCUUGGUUAGAAAUGAAACCGUCAUGUUUUUCAGUCGUGUUUCUCGCAGAUGGUUUGCACCCUUUUGUGUA